ACCAACCCCCAAGAUACAGUCUUUAAUAAUACACCAAUUACAACUUCUCUCUCUCUCUCCCUCUCUUCCACUCUUUUCUCACUCCUCACCCCGAGAGAUAACAAGAACACAGAGCAAAAAUCAAGAAAUAGUGAAAAGAGAAAAGAUGUUUGCAGCAGAGAAUGGUUUAAGGGGUGACCCAAGAUUAAAGGCCAUUUCUGAUGCCAUUAGCGUUGUGCCCAACUUCCCCAAACCAGGUAUCAUGUUUCAGGACAUUACAACACUUGUCUCUGAUCACAAGGUCUUCAAGCACACUGUUGAUAUCUUUGUGGAGAGAUACAGGGACAUGGGCAUCUCUGUUGUUGCUGGUGUCGAAGCGAGAGGCUUUAUAUUUGCCCCUCCAAUUGCGUUGGCAAUCGGUGCCAAAUUUGUCCCUCUGCGUAAACCGGGGAAGCUGCCUGGUGAAGUUAUUUCUGAAGCAUACGAGCUCGAAUACGGUAGUGAUUGUUUGGAAAUGCGAGUGGGUGCUGUAAAACAAGGCGAACGUGCAUUGGUAGUCGAUGAUUUAGUGGCAACGGGAGGGACCCUCUCUGCUGCCAUAAGGCUUUUGGAAUGUGUCGGUGCUGAGGUUAUCGAGUGUGCAUGUGUUAUUGGAUUGCCAGAGGUAAAGGGACGGCGAUUGUUGGAUGCAAAACCAUUAUAUGUCUUGGUGGAACCUCGUCAAUAGAACUUCAAUUUCUGAGCCGGAGGGGACUUGAGACAAGUACAUUGUGUGAAGCGGAUGCUGACAGCUCAUGAGUUUGUGGGGGGAGUUCUGUCGAAUUUUACCGGCAUUGCAUAUAAAGAGUGGUCAUGCAAAGAGUUCUGUCGA